CGCUACAUUCACGAUGACGUGGUAAACAAGGGACACGCGACGUGUAGUUUUCACGUGCUACAUGCGCGCAUCAUCAACUACUCUUCAGCGACUUCCACGAAAUUCAAGUGAUGAAGCUGGAGAUAUCUCGAGUUGUACAGGGAUGUCGGUUAGGUGUGCUGACAGGACUAGGAAAGACAGGGCAGCAUUCUCUUGAAACUCCCGGAUGCUUGCUGUAUACACGCUGUGGCUCAGUACCUCACUUGACUCAAGAUACCCUACAUACUCUGACCAAUCUGCCUGCUGUCUCACAAGUGACCCUUUCCACGCUGGCAGAACACCAGGAGGUGCUGGAGGAAUUUAAAGAGGGAGUACGGAAGUUUGCAGGUCUCCAUGACACGGUGAUGUACUGCUCUCUCCAUGACCCGGCCUCGCCCAACCCUCCAGGUUACAUCACCAAUAAGACGGUGUCUGUGUGGGGCAGCGGCGGUCGGAUCGAGCUGACCGUGCAGAAGUACAUGGCUCUCCAGGCGGCCGUCCAGCCAGACUGGUACCAGAGCAUGGCCGACGGAGAGACCGGCCAGGAGAACACCACACGCAAGAGGGUGCGCAAGGCGGUGGACCGAACCCUCAGCCAUCUGGACGAGUGUCUCGUCCUUCAUCAGAAAACACAGGCGCUGGCGGGGGCUGAGAUCUUCGGGGUGGUGGAGGGGGGCGACGUGCAGGAGGAACGGCUGCGGUCGGCGCGCGAGACAGCCAAGCGGCCGGUCUCCGGCUUCGUUCUGGACGGUUUCCAGCCGGGCGCCAUGGGGACCGACUUACGGAACCAGUUGAUUGCCGCAACGAUGGCUGAGCUACCUCAAGACAAACCCAGGCUACUGCAGGGUGUUGGCCGUCCUGACGAGGUCCUUGACUGUGUGGAGGCCGGAGUCGACCUGUUCGAGAGCUUCUUCCCUUACCAGGUGGCGGAGCGAGGCUGUGCCCUGUGCUUCGACUUCGACAUUGAGCCCGACCCGGAGAGAGCAGGUACCAGGACCCCGACAGUGCUUGACAAGGAGAAAGUCAUUACGGCGGAAGUGCCAAGAGAGAACGGUGACAGCGGCGGCGGCGACGCUCGCGGGAAGAUGACACGCUUUGAGAUGGACCUGAGAGACAGCAGGUACCGGGAGGACUUCCGCCCGCUGGUGUCCGGCUGCUCGUGCUACUGCUGCCGCAACCACCAGAGGGCGUAUGUGCACCACCUGCUGGUGACCAAUGAGCUGCUGGCUGGCGUGCUGCUCAUGCUCCACAACACGGCCCACUACCUGGGCUUCUUCCAGGCGCUGCGUCGGGCGCUGGCCCAGGACCGGCUCGCUGACCUCAAAAAGCAGGUGCUCCCAGGUGACCAGGGACCGUAGGCUGGCAGCGCGGCCGGCACAACUUUCACAGGGACCUGGACCGUACUUUUAUAUAUAUAUAUAUAUAUAUAUAUGUAUAUAUAUAUAUACUGUCUGUAUAUAUAUAUAUAUGCAUAGCAGAUGACCCAAAAGACACUUUCCACCUCUGCCAAAGACUUUCACCUGGGAUAUUAAUCAUCAAACUUACCUUAGCCUUCAGUACAUAGUGUGUACCGUUGUCAACCCAAGCCUGUUAAAUGUACUGUAUACAUGCAACAUGGUUUGGUUUUCACGGUCAAAACGAAGAUGAUGCUGUCGCCAUCGUUGUCUUAAUGAGUCAUUAAGAUUGCAAUUUGACAGUUAAUGUCUCUGAAUACUGGGGAGCUUUUGGAGACUCUGGGGAAGAAGACGGGGAUUGUUUACGCACUCCUAAUCAUGUUUCCGUUCCAGCGAAAGGCUACUAGGUUACGCGGAGGCUCACCUGGGGCCAUAGGUUGGAAGCGUGCCCUCACCUCCGAGCAGACUAAUUGUUAUCUCCCUCCUCCCUGCACAAAGAAUUACCAGCAUCAGCUGUCUGUGACCGGCUGUAUAUAAUUUAGUCUUUUCUCGUGUGUCGCAAAAAAAAGAACUUUUUCCAUCAGCGAUUCUUUCUUUAAAUGUCACUCAGCCUGCGGCGGUGACUUCUCCUGUGCUUUCCCUUUUGUCUGCUAAAUUAGCCCUCAGGCACUCUUAACAAGUAAUUUUCCUCCGCUGUGUUUUUAACUGUUGUGGGUUUUUUUUUUUUUUAACACUUGACUGCAUUUCAUUAUAAUUUUAUGCAACCAAUUAUGGACCCUUAUUAAAAAUAGCUUUCUAUCUGUC